ACUCGACACAAGGACCGCACCUGCAAUGACAGCACAGAGGAACCCUCCAAGCAGACCUCUCUAUACAGACUCCAGAGAUAUGUCAAAUUCACAAUCCUUAGAGGUUUUUGACCCAAUCGGAUUUACAGGAGUAUCUGUUAACAAUGGAGGUGGAGGCACAGUCAUAGGCCUCCAGAGCCAUGAGAUCAUGAUCCCCCAAGCUGUGUUGAUUAAAAACACACCGUCACCAAGUAAAACAGGGGCAGACAAAGACAGGAUGGACCCGGUGGAUGUGAGCAGAAGACCGGGUCCGGACCACGCAGGCAGAGAGCGGACUGAUCUCCACAGCCAGGAGGCAACAACAGUGGUUACUCAGGAUGGAAAUAUAUUAGGAAAACAAGUUAGAUGCUUGAGUGGAAGCAAAGUGAGCGAUGGAGCUCAUCUACAAAGAAAGGCAGAAAGAGUUAAUGGGUCGGAUGUUACAUUGGCCCCAGGCCAUAGCAGAGUAAUGCAAGACCAUGGCAGUUUGGAGCAGAACAAUGGCAGAGUGGCUACAGUGGGAAACAGUACAUAUACAGACUAUGAUGAAACCAGGGAAUAUAUCAGCUCUGAAACUUACCCAUUAGCCACAGAACAAAUACCCGGUCGCUUGUCUGUUCCAGCCAAGAUCCAAGCUUCCCCCUGAUCACGUGAGGAUUCUGUCCCUUCCCCAUCAUGAGUCAAGGGUGGCCAUCUGUUGACUCACGGAGACCAGUAAGGAUUCUUCCACAUACAGUUGCUCCUGGGACUUUUUGAAUCCA